UCCCUGGUACCAUUCUUAUAUUGCAUACUCUGAAUUUUGAAACAAUUACUGGUCAACAAAACAACCGAAAAUGACAAAAGAACUCAAGGAUUUUGAAAAUUUCUUGAAGAAUGUUAAUGAAAUAAGUGACCUGGUGAACGAACUGAACUCCUCAGAUGUGACUUCUCAGCAGAAAGCUGUAGAAAAGGCUGACUGCUACAUAGCUGCCUUAAAAGAGGAAGAGGAACCAUGCAAAACACUUCUCAACAGGACAUCAAUAAACAUUGAUCCCUCACAACAGACAGUGGUCUUACAAAAUGAUCCCAGUUUAAGUGCAGAACAUAUUAUGAAAACAAUGGAAAAAGAUGCAGAGGACCGGCUGAAGAGGAGGCUAGUUAAAGAGGGAAAAGCAAAUGGCCACAAAGAGAAGGGAAACAAAGCGUACCGCUUGGGAGACUAUGAGACAGCUGUGAAGCUAUACAGCGAUGGUAUAAAUGAGCUGCGAGACAUGGAAACGCUGUAUACCAACAGAGCACAAGCCUAUAUCAAACUGGAGAAAUAUAAGGAGGCCAUAUCUGACUGUGAGUGGGCUUUAAAGUGUAAUGAGAAGUGUGUUAAAGCCUAUUUUCACAUGGGAAGAGCACAUCUAGCAACGAAACGUUAUAAUGAGUCACGAAUGUGCUAUCAGAAGAUAUUGGAAAUUGAACCAGGAGAGGAAAGGAUGGUUAAAGAGUAUCUGACUAAAGUGGACUUGGAGGAAGAAAGAGUAUGCCAGGAAAGCAAAGCGUGGGAGGAGUUUGAAAAGGGAGAAGCAAAAGCCAGGACAGUGCCGGAACUGUUGAAAAAGCUGGACAGACCCGAGCAGAUCCCGUUAUACUACUGUGGAGGGCUCAAGCUUCUGUCACAGACCAUUGCAGACUGCACUGGCCAGUCUCUAUUUCGAUUACACAAUGGCUUCAAUAUCAUUCAGGCCAAUAACACAGUAAGAAGUUGCCUGUUGCAGAAAUUGAAAGCACAAUGUGCAGAGGAGCUAUGCAUGUCUGUACUGAAACUGUGGAGCGUGGUUUGUGAUGGAAAUGAUGAAAACCAGAAGAUACUAAUGAGUUGUCCGUUCUCCCAAAACUACAUUGUUGACUUGUUAUUGUCGGGAACAGCGGCGGUGCAGAGAGAAUGCCUGGCGUUGCUGUGUUUGUAUUCCCAAACUCCACGAGGAAGAUCCUUGGUCAUUGACAACCUCAAUCUGCCCAUGUUGGUGGAAAACCUGAUUGUGUCCAUAUCUACACAGAAACAAGUAGAAACCACUGUGCUGACCGUUUUGGAGAACUUCGCAACAGAAAAAAGAUUUUGUAUGCAGUUAAAGGGCAAGUUCACAACAUCAAUAAUGCUCCCUUUCUCAAGUCUACUGAGAAACAUCACCAUGUGCAACCAGCAUAUUUUCCCAUGGCUCAUAUCAACUAUAGGCCUUAUGAUUGUUAAUCAUGAUGAGAUCCGUAAAGACGUCGCCAGCUGUCAUGAGUGUUGGCAAGCCUUUCUAAUCGCCAUGGAGCGGUGUAUGCAUUGUGAAUACAGAGAGAUUCUCUAUCCACUUCUGGGACUGAUGAUCAACCUCUUCAGUAUUUCUUCCUCAGCCCUUCAGGAGCAUAUGGUUCUGAUCAGCGGUAGAUGUGUGGGCUUGUUGAGUGAUCCAGAUGGGGGCAUCAUCACAAGAGCUGCAGGUUUGCUGAGUGCUACACUCCCACAGUCAGCCACUGCCACUGAAGAUGCUGUGCGAAGAGGCGUUGUGGGGUCGAUGCGGAAGCUACUGAAAGGAUCAGGGAAGAUCACCACUAAAUAUGCCAUCAAGGUCCUUGCAGUGUGCACAGCUACCAGUCAAACAGCUCGGGAGGAGUGGAUCAAAUGUGACAAAAGGCUUCACACUCUCAUAAGGCUCCUGGGCCCCGGCAAUGACGAAGUGGUGGCUGGGAACGCUGCCUUGUGCCUGGGUCAUUGUCUGGAAAUGCCAGGUCCUGCUAGUAGCCUCCUGGGCACUGAUACUGUCCUUGUUCUUCUCCGCCACGCUGCGGGCAAUGCCCAGAGAAGUGGUGUGCAGCAGAAUGCUGCCAUCGCUCUAGGGAAGCUUUGUAAAGCAGAGCCCAGACACUUGGCAAAACUCAGAGAACUUCACGGAUUGGAAAUACUUCACUCCUGUAUGAAGCUUAUCACAUGAGUUUCUUCAGCCAGCCCAAAAAAGACCUCAGUCUUUUUUUAUUAAUUCUGUGUGAGAACAAGUUCACAGAUGCCAUUUUGGAACGACACCUUUCAUUCAGCAUUUCGCCUUAACAUAUCCUGAGGCAACCAUGUUUUAAGUAGCUGUUUCCUAAACCUUUAUAAUAGCAUGCUUUCGGAUUGCCAUGUACCCCCUGCGUUCUUGUAUGAUGCCCAAGGACAAUGUAUGCUAUGCCUCGUGUGUUUUUAUUAAUUUCCAGUUAAAAAACAAACUGGUAAAUCAAAAAUAUAAUCUCCCAGCUGGCUUGAUAUUGAAUAUAUAAAGUGGUUAUUUAAGAUGUUUCAAGGGUGAGGCCAAGUGAAGGCUUUUAAAAAAAUAUUUAUUUUCAAUAGGAUUUUGUUUUUCUUUGACUUUACAUAAACAAGGUCACAGACAUUUCCAACAUGCUUGGUUGGUAUUACAGUAGAUGUGCAGGUGUUGUAUAGAUUUUAUGAAGAAAAGGGACAUUUAUUCAGUAGUCACUUGCUGGACAGAAUAAAAAUUGAAAGACAUUCCUCA